AUGGUCGCUCUUACGAGGAGCCAAACGCGAAAGAAAAGGGAAGAUGAGAUGUCGGGAGAGGGGGUUGCAAAAGAGGUGCAGUGUAACACUGGUAUUUCACAACCUAAAGAAAUAGUCGAUCAAACAAGAAAAACCACGAAAUCCAGGCGCAAAAGGGUGGACUUAACUCCUUCAGUCAGCCAAUCGCCGGUUCCAAGCCGCGAUGAAACUUCCCUGCCAUUGGAGUCGGUGCCAAAUGCUUCUAAGACACUGACCGAGGAGUCCCGUUCAUUACCACCGGGCCCACCAGAUUCUUCACUGAACAGCAGCUAUGACUUUUCUUCAGCCUCACACCCAGCAUCCGAUCGAACGCAAUCCUCGUCCUGUAUUCUAGGUGCUCCACCGAACAGCCCUGAAAACAGCCAUGACUUGCCUCCGGCCUCACACCCAGCGUCGGAGGUAACGCAAUCGUCGCCCCAUAUUCCAAGUGCUCCACCAAGUACUCCUCAACCUCUCUAUGAUGUUUCCCAGGACGUACAGUCAUUGCCUCAUGUUAUCCAAUCGCCUCUGCAGUGUCUAACUUCGCCGCCGAGUACGCCACUGCUCAGUAGCAGUAUUUGUGAGGACUUGUCGGACGCUACAAACUCACUACCUCACACUCCGGAAGCUCCUCCCAAUUCUCCAUUUUCGUCGCCUGAAGGUCCAAGCGCCCCAAACAACAGCUUUUGUUCGACGGUGGGCGUACACUCUGAGGUUCCAAAUUCACCUUUACAGAAUGUGGGAUCGUUAUCCAAUUCCUCAGCGGGACUGCCUGCCAGUCUCACUGCCUCCCCAUAUAGAUUCGAUUCAAUGGCGGAGAUUCCAAGCUCGCCACCUCAAGUGAUCCAAUCCGCUUCUAAUGGAACAGAGGGGCCGACAGUGGCAGGCAGUCUCACCGCCUCCCCAUGUAGAUUCGAUUCAAUGGGGGAGAUUCCAAGCUCGCCACCUCAAGCGAUCCAAUCCCCUUCUAAGGGCACAGAGGGGCCCACAGUCAGUGAAGUUGGCUCUCAAUAUGUUUCUGAAUCUGCGCUUGAGCUUCUUAGCCUAGUGCCUGAGGUAUCUCGGUCUCCGGCAAAGGAACCGGACGGGUACCUAGUCGGACUUGUUACCUCCCCCACAGUCAAUGUUGCUGAGUCUGAGCCUGAGUCUGUCAGCCCAGCAGUUGAGGUAUCUCAAUCUCCCUCAAUGAAUCAAGAGGGAUCACCGGCCGGGGUAGUUGCCUCCUCAAAGGUGUAUGUUUCUGAGUCUGAGCCUGAGCUUCCCAGCUCAGGACCUGAGGCAAUUCAAUCUAUUCCCAACAGCCCAGAGGGGUCACCGGCUCUGGCCCACUCUGCAUAUGCUUCUGAAGCACCACUACACGACUUGGAUAAUCAGGAUCAUGUCCCAUCGUCAAGCAACGGAUCACUCGUUGAUACCCAGAUAUCCCCAAGACCUCUUCAACAAUCUUCGCGGGUUCUUAGUCCAGCUUUCGGAUGCGAUCCAUCUGGCUUCGCGCUCCCAAAUCACAGUGUCCCACAUGAAAUGUUUGAUUAUAGUUCGGACACGCCUCGUGACCCGCCCGAGCAAAUAUCGUCCGAUAGAAUCCUUUGGGAUGCUUCUGAUACGCCGAGGGAGGCCCCUAUUGUGGUGCGCGAUUUGUAUCCGGAGCAUACUUCGCCGGAGGUAAAGCUUGAAGAAGUGGUAACUCCUAACAUGGCAGAGCUCCAGCAAAACGAAACACAAGACCAAGACGGCAACCGCACACCCUUAACAUUGGGCGCCUUGAACCGCUUUAACACUACACAGCCUGAUUAUAUGGACGUUGAUUCCUCUGCUGAUGAUGACGAUUUGAAUGACACAAAAUUAACUGAAUUUCCACGAUAUGCGCGUGUGGGACCCAGGACUAUCCAAGAUUACCGCGCACUUGGUGCCGCACAGCAGGAGGCGGAAUUAAUGAGAGAUGCCUCAGAGGCGCCUAAACAACGCAUAGCAACAUUUUAUGCAGCCCAGCAGGAGGCGGAAUCAAUGGGAGAUGCCGCAGAGGCUCCUGAACAAUUCAUAGCAAUGUUUUAUGCAACCCAGCAGGAGGCGGAAUCAAUGGGAGAUGCCGCGGAGGCUCCUGACCAAUUCAUAGCAAAAUUUUGUGCAGUGCAGCAGGAGGCGGAAUCAAUUGGAGAUACCGAAGAGGGAUCUGAACAUCAGACAGAAAUUGAAUCAGAAUUUAACUGCCCGAUGCAUGAAGAGGACUUACGUCUUGGCGCUGAGAUUGUCAACGCAAUUCUAGACGCUGAUAUCCCGCCCGAAAUCGAUAUCCAGCAGGAUACAAGUGAGAGAUUCAAAUCAUCAGGCAAGGCUGCUGCGCAUGUCGAGAGUUGGAUUAUUCAGAAUUUGCCUCCUAGGGCACAGGAACUUCUUAUGUAUAACAGAAGAGACAUUAGUUCGGAUGAGGCGGCCACGAUGUUCGUAUUUGAAAGACAGCUCAUGAGAACUCUUAUUGAUGAGAGAAACCCAAGCCUGAUGUGCCUUCGACCAGGACGCAAACCUAUCUCUCCGAUCAUGACUUCUCAGGAGCAUAUCAGUAAUCUUGAAGAUGAGAAUAAUUUCAUUAUAAAUAGGUUCAAAAAGAGUAUUAAAGAAGGGGACGUGAAACAAUGGAUUGAAGAGAUGGGGGAGUGGUUUGAGGAAGAGGAAGGCUGUAUUUGGGGCUAUAUUUCAAUGCUCCACGAAGAAAUACGAGGGGUGGCCGUCGCUUACGCCAACGGCGAGCAAGAAGACGAUGAAAAGGCGUCUGUUCUCCGAAGGCUUUCACAAUAUGAUCCUGAUGGAUCUCCGGGUCCUCGAUUUGAUAUCGAGCAUGUCAUACGUACCCAACCCAUUUCAGGCGUCCGUCCAGGUGAGAAUGACUACCCUAAAGAGCACCGUCUUCUGGGUACCGACUACGCAAGGAACGAUUUAUUUAAACGCUUGCGCCGUGAACCAGAAGAGUUGCCUGCGGAUAAUCCCCCUCGUCGUCAGGUAGAAGGACACCAAUCAUCUCUACCAGUUCUGCCAGUGUAUUCAAAUCUGCGUGUCUGGCCUCACCACCCGGCGCGCUUUUGGCCUCAUCGCCCAGAGCACCAAUCUGGACAGGAAGGCUUUGACAGAAGACCGGAUGGAAAUGUCAACGUUUCUGAUACUCACAAAGUGGUGACGCACAAAAGACGUCGCUCAGAUGUCGUAGGAGAUGGGCACGAUGAUGAGCAUAAACGACGUCGUCUAGACGGUGUGGGGGGGGGGGGGGGGGGAACUAAGAUGAUGAUCAUGAGUAUCGUUAGCUAA